UCAACAUCUGGCACGCUCGUCCUCACAAUUCAUCAUCCAUCCCCUGUCGCCAUCAUGUCGUCUGAGCAUCACGACUUUCUGUCAUACUCUCCGAGCCUGCCGCUGGCGGCGGUGGCCUUGAGUCUGUACACUGUCAUGACUACUCUACAUAUCUUCCGCACGCUGAAGACAUCAACAUGGGAUAACAUUCCUUUUGUGCUUGGCGGCAUAGCACAAACAACCGGCUACGCUCUCCGCACGGCACUCACUCAAUCCCCCGCCUCGUCCGCACUGUACAACGGCAUGAGCAUCCUCCUGCUCCUCGGACCGUCCCUGCUCAUGGUCACCAUCGUCCUCACGCAGACCGCCUACAUCGCCUCGCUCGACGCCGGCCGCUUCACGCUCGUCCCGCUACGCUUCCAACGCUUCAUCUACCUCUCCUUCACCGUGCUCUGCCUCCUGGUCCAAGCCUUUGGACUGGCCUUCAGCGAAACCGACAACGCGAUCCGCAGCAUCCGCGCCGCCACGCAGGUCAUCAUCGCAUCGCUGAUCAUGCAGAUGUUCUUCUGGCUCUUCGUGUUCGCAGACGGCCUCGUCGUGCAGUUCCGGCUCUCACGUCACGGCACCGCAGCCGCGGCGCAGGUGUUCCCACGCUGGAAGCGCUGGAACAGCUUGUUCGGCCUGGGGAUCAUGAUCAUUUGCGGGCGCAACUUGAUGGUGCUGACGCGCUAUGGCAUGGGGCCCGACGGGUUCCUGAGCUUGAAUGAGUGGACGAGCUAUGCGUUUGAUGGGUAUCAGAUGGUGCUGGUCAUGGGCGUGUGGGCGAUGUGGUAUGUGCCCGGUCGCGUGAGGAGGGCCGCGGAGAGCAAGCUUGUGGUAUCGGAUAGCAAUGAGUUGAGUCGGGCGGACAGUCGGGGGCCGCUGUAUGAGUCUCCAUGAGGAGGCGGAUCAGGGGUUGGGUGUUGAUGAUGAUGACGAUGCUACUGCUGCUUCAUGAUUGAGCGAGGCCAUAGAGCAACUACCUAGGAAUUCGAUGGCGAAUGGCGUUGCAACUUGUUGGGUUGGCUUAGGGCCCAG